UUAAAAUUGUUAUUAUAGAAAAACAUCUGCAAAGAAUUCCUCCUCCAAAAGGUUUGACCAGGUUAUGCAGCUAUUAGAUUCUCUAAAGAAAAAUUUUCAAUCAGUACAGAAAAAUUCAGUCAUCGUUAAAGACGUCUUUAGCAAGAAAUGGCAGCGCGUAAAUUUUAUGAAAAUAUAUUAAUAAAUUUUCAUAAAAAUAAUAUAAAAUUAUUUGCUGUUUUUAUGAAAACAGCAAGUUUAAUGCAAAAUGCAAAUGUGCUUAAAAGAUCACUUUAAACAAAAUUGUUAUUAAAAUUAAAUUAAAUUAUAAAAAAAUAUAUGUAUAAAUUAAUAUACAAAAAAAUCCCUAUAAAAUAAAGCUUAUAGUAGAAAAGUAGAAGAAAAUUGUGUAAAAUUUAUGGAAGAAAAAAAAGAUACUGUGAAAAGUGUAAAAAUUACUAAAUAAUAUUAAAGAAAAAUUAAAAAUAAAAUAAAAGACGUUAAAAAUAUGGCUGAAUUUUAAAGGUUACUCAAGAAAUAUUUUACAUAAUUUUUAUUGCAAAUGGAAAAGAAAUUCCAAAAACACAAGAAGGAAAAUACGAAAACGCCAAAAAAAAAAACACGUAGUGAAACGUAAAACAGAAAUAAAAACAACAAUUUACUUUGUGUCUGCUCGUGUAUUUCGUUAAAUCGUUGUGUGUUCUGUUUAAAUAUUUUGUGUUUUUUUCUUCGUUCUUUUCUGGAUUUGCAUUAUUUAUAAACUAUUAUUUCUUUUAAAUUCCAAAACUAAGAGUUGUUGUAUUCAAUCAUUUGUACCUAAAUAAAAGAAAAAUAUAAAUUUUCAUAGUUUUAACUUUUAAACAUCGUAAAAUAAAAUACAACUUUGAAAAACAUAAAACAUUCUUGUAAG